AUGCAAGUCCAUUCCAAGAGUAUGGACCGUGUUGGCUCAAUCUGUCCCCACUUACAAGGUUAUCAGAUCGGACAGCUCAUCAAUGUUGUAGUCGAUGCCGUCUUUGAAAAUCAUAUUGUCUGUCGAGCUAGCCGGCCCAUUCGGCGAUUCACGCCAUUUGCUAUUCCAAACCGAAAACGUAUUCGUUCCUUUUGUAAAUCCGGAUGUGCUGGCGCACCGAAAAGGCGACGCCUUAUCGAGGCUCUAAAGUCAGUGAUGGAAGUCAAUGGCGAAGAUGAAUAUAAUAUAAAUGAAGAUAGACAAGCUGAAGAGUAUGAAAAUAAAACGAUAGAUGCAUCGGAUCUUGGGGAUGACAAUGGUUCAAGUCAGUCCUCUAAUUGGACUGCUCCGGCAUUUUGCAUCUCGGCUAAUUUUCCUGAUAACGCAAGCAAAGAGACCCCUGCUGUAGGCCAAGUUAUGCCUGGUGUUAUAGUAUUACUCGACUUAGCCAAAGGUCAACUAGAAGUGGUUCUGACUGAAUGGUUUGUCUCUGGCAGAGCAAAUCAUUUGAGUAAAAAGUCUAUUCCACCUAAUACUGGUCAAUCUGUUGCGUCGACCGUGCUGGCGAUCCGGCCUCGUGAUUUUGUCAUCGUUGGCCUUAGAGGUCAUGCUCUAGGUCGGCUUGGUGUGGUUCCAGCACGUCGCUGCUUUAACGAAUUUCUCGAAAGCAACGCAUGGUUCCCUGGUCAGAAAAAUCAUGUGACCAUUCGACGGUUAGUUGAUUGUGAAUUCGUUCUAUUGGCAUCCUAA